UAUUUAUUUGCCCAACAUGAGAGGUUCCGAACACUUGUUGACGUCGGAAGACUGGCUAUGGCACCCAGCAGCUGAUGUCCUGGAGAGCACUUCUUACCUUGGCACUGAUCAAAGGCUGGCAAGAUGUUUGUGAAUUUGAAAAGUAAAAUUGGUGAUGUGACAGACCUGAAAAAAUUAAGCUCUCCACAAGCCUUGGCAUCUGUGAGUGGUUCUCGGCAACGUUCCUCACAGCACACCCCUGGUAGUCUAACUCCUAGAUCUCGUCACUCACGUCAAGCCUCCACUGCAUCGCUCCAAGCAGUUGGACUACCUAUAUCACCUCCUCAGUCCCCAACAGAUCAAGAAUUGCCCACAAAUAGUCAUGAUCGGGUGCAAGAGUUGGAACGUGAAAUUGCAAAAUUACGAACUGCUCUGGAAACACAGCAAGAUGCUGCACUUGAACGAUUGAAUACACGAGAGCAGGAAUGGAGAGGGAAGUUGCAGGAAGAACGUGACAAAAUAAGUGUGAUGGCAGCAGACCUAGAAGCAGCUGGGGAGAGGGAGAAAAAACUCCAGGAGAAAGUGGAAGAUUCUAGUAUUGGCAAGAAACAAACUACAGACCAGCUGAAACAAGCACAAGCAAGAGUGAAGGGGCUUGAGGCAAGAAUAUGUGAUAUGCAAGAGAACUAUGACCAAAUGGAAGGACUUAAUGCCCAGGAGAUGGCCAAGAUCAAACACAUGUUGUUAAAUACCAAUAGUGAAUUGGAGCAAGUACAGUCAGAACUUAUUAAAAAAACUGAAGCCCUCUCCAGUGUUGAGUCUCGUCUUAGUUGGGCAUCUGCCCUAGAAGAACGCAUCAGAAUUUUGAGUGAGGAAAAGACAGAGUUAGAAACUCAGGUAGCUGGGUUGAAUCAAAAGCUGAAUGCUGCCAAUGCCAGAUAUACAGCUCUUGAGGAAGCAAAACUUGAGGAAAGUCAGCAUCUUCAGCAUCGUGUCAUAACACUGGAACAACGCCAUUCUCAGACUGCACUUCAGGAGACUGACAAAGUGCAAGCACUUAUUAAAGAGAGAGAGAAUAUGGAGCACCAUCUGGAGGAGGCAAGGCAACAGCUUAACAACAUAAAGGCAUCCUGGAGUGACAAAAUCACAGCUUUGGAAAAUCAGAUCCACCAUCUCAAUGCCAAGAUUGCUGAAGAUCAGUCUGAUCUUCAAGAAGCUGAGGAAAAUAAUGAAAUGCUCAAAUCAGAACUUAGUGCCUUGAGAGAUGAAAACAGUUCCCAGAAGUCAGAAUAUUUGGAGAUGGAGAGAAAAUUGCAGGCAGAGAUAUCUCAGUUAAACGAAGAUUUGGACACUCUUCGGUGGCAACUGAAUAAUACAACCUUGGAAAAGGAUGAACAAAUAAAGUCUUUGCAGGAGAAACUUGCAUCGGAAGAAGAAAAACAUCAUUCAUGUGCAAGUGUACUUCAGUCUAAGCUGGAGACAAUAGCCUCUUUAGAACAAAAUUUAAUGGAUAUUGAAUCUGAAGUGAUAGUAGUGAAAGGAAAUUUUACUACAACUCAGUCAGACUUGCUCUUGGCACAAACUGAAAAGAAAUCCCUCCAGGAAACUCUGCAGCUGGAACGGACUACUGUCGAAGCUUUAGAAAAGGGCAAGUCAGAGCUGCAAUCUAAAUUGGAUACAGUGAGUUGUGAAAAGACAAGAUUGUCCCAGAAUUUAGAUGAAUAUGCUGAAAAAGUUAUUACCCUAGAGAUGAGUGUUAAGACAUUGGAGGAAGAGGAUGAGAAGAAGGCAGCAAAGAUUAAAGAGAUAGAGGCAAAGCAUGAUGAAGUUAUCCAUGAACGUGAAGCACUCCUGAAACAAUUGGAAAAUGAAGAAGAGGAUCUUGUGCAUAAAAUUGAAGGAUCAGAUGUAGUGAAGGCACUUAGAGAGGAAGUGAAAACCCUAGAAGAUGAGGUCUUGGAAAAGAAGCAAGCCCUAAAAGUUCAAGGCCAGAGACUUGCUGAUAUGAAGAAGACAAUCCAAAGAGAGCUAAAACUAUCAGCAGACUCAACGGACUCGAUAGCUGACCCUCGCAUUGAUUCCAGAAUAAGAGAUUCAUCUCCAGCAACUAAUGCAAAUUCCUCAGAAAAUAACUCUUCUAUAGGGCCAGUGGCAACCAAUGGCAGUGAUAACGGUGGAGCUGUGAACAACACAUACCUCAAGCAUGUUAUCAUCAAAUAUCUUACCUCUAGGGAAUAUGAGGCUGUGCAUCUCACUCGUGCUGUAGCCACCUUGCUUCAAAUGACUUCUGAAGAAGAGAGGCUUCUGCGUGAAACUUUAGAGUGGAAAAUGUCUUGGUUUGGAUCAAAACCUAACUUAGGUAAGGGCCAGAAUGCUAAGACAAUCCCUCCAUCUCAAUGACACUCUUGGUGGUGGUCAUAGCAGCAGAUGUGAUUGGUAAUAUCAGCAAUUAUCAUCCAUACUGGUGGUUGUAGCAGGAGAUAUGCUUGAUACUUACAGCUCUUGUUACUGUCAGUGGUGGUCAUUGUAGCAGCUGGGGAUGGUAAUGCCCAUGACAGUGGUCGUACUUGCAAUUGCGAUUGGCAAUGUCAGUUAUUUUGAGCCUCAAGGGUGCUCAUAGUGUUUAGCAGAAGUGACUGGUAUUAUCAGCUAUUAUCACCCUUCCUAGGCAGUGAUUAUGCUGGUAAUAUCAGCUGAAAAAAUGUUUGGGUUCAUAUAAUGAAUUGGGUAUAUGUUCAGAAGUAAAAUGGAAUUUCUAAACAUUGCUGACUAAUUCCAAGAAUAGAAGUGUGUCUGUAGUGUUCAGGAAUUACCAGUGUGCAAUAAGCUGAUACUACUCUUGUGACAUUGGGAAAUUAUUUCUUUAGUAUAUAUAUUAUAUUUUAUGGUUUUUAUGGCAUCUUUUUUUCAAAAAGAAAAUAUAAAUUUAUUAAUCAUGCUUUUUUUUAACAAAGAAUUGGUGUUAUAAAGUUUAAUUCAGAGAAUAUUUAACUAUUAUGCUAGGAAUGUUACAUGUUUUCUAAGGAGGCUAGAUCCUUAUGCAGAAAUUGCUCGGUUUAAGUUGCAUUUUAUUUUUUUAUACUCCUUUAAAUUUAAAAACAUGUUUAUAAUUGCACACCAGAAACUUUACCUGAUUAAUGGCUUGACUUUUAUGCACCCUCACUAGAAGAAAUCUAAUGUGUAAUGUUAUAUCUGAAGAAAUUACGAAUGAUUGUAUACAUAUACGGAAGAAUUUGUAUUACUUUUUUUCAUAUUUAAUUAUAAUAAUGUUGCAUUUCUCGUAAAACACUAGAGGAUGGGAGAUAUAUUGGUUAGAAUGUGAAUUUCAUUAAUCAUUUGUGUUAAUCAGAUAGAUUAAUUAUUACAAAAAGACAAUUUACAGUAUAAAAGUAAAAAUUACCCAUAUGCUGAUAAACCAGGUAGAUGGAAUACAGAUUACCUUUUCUGGACUCUUCAUCACCCUACAGUGUAGUUAGUUACUUAUUAUCCAAAAUUAUGAAGGCAAUGCAAAUUAAAGCAUUUGGUAUAUUUUACCAGAAGUGUUGGUCCCCAUUCACACCUGGGGUGAAUGGAGCCUAUAUGGUAAGAGUCUUCCCUUGAAGAUGAUGCCUUGGCCAAGGUCUGGUAAGGCAGAUUUGGGUAAAAUUCUCUUGCCCAUGAAAACACCACCCUGUCAGUUGCAUAGUCUUAGGUGUCUUGAUAAGUUUAAUAUGUUACACACUAGCUUGUUGAUCUCUGGAUUAAAAACUUGAGUACUUAAUGUGAAAAUGGGUUCAGUAGGCCUUACAGCUCAGUAGGAGCAGUGCAGAUAGAGCACUUUGUGUACUCGAUCUUCCCGAUAUGUAAGGAGACAGCACGACUGGCACAGUACUAUACUUGACCAUUUUCAUUUCCCCCAAUUGUAAAGUAUCUACCGUAUUCACAGCUGAGUGAACCAGUGACUCUUAGGACUAUAGGUGAAUGCCGCAUCCUUUUGGAUGAUGCUGCCUUUAUUACUUAUCAUGACAUACACCACAGAUAAUGAAAGUAUACUUUAUUUGAUAAAGUGUAAAAUUAUAUUACCCAAAAUACACAGUAGUAUAUCACUUUAUUAGACUAAUUAUUUGAUGGUCCAAAACAUUUGAAAUUACAGUAUAACAAAGUGUAUGCCACUGCCCACCAAAGAAUAACAAAACCUUGAUUUGUAUGAGACAGACACUAGUUCAAGAAAGAUGGGUGAGGAUUGUCAUUGAAUAUGGAUGACAAUGAGGAUGUGUACCUCUACUAUGCCGGGAUUGUGGUGAGUCAUCGAAUGUUGAGAAAUAAGAUAAUGUGUACUUACUCAACACAUAUAUUGUAGUUGAUUGUGAUGAUGUAUGCUUUGCUGGUUUUGGAGUGAUACAUAAAUAUUUGGGUGACUUGUGAUAAUUAUUGAGUGACAAAGGACAUAUUUGCCCAGAGCUGCUCAGUGUUGUAACCCAGGUAUUUGUUGGUAGCCAAUUAAUUUUCUGUGCUCUUCAGUUCUCAUUGAAAUACAAGUUGAUUUGGCAUGCAAGGAGAAUCAUAAUUUGCCCUUGCAGUUAAUAGUUAUUUUAGUUUAACCCCUGGGCAUCGGGCUAUGGUCAGGAACCCCCCCACUGCCCCAUGUGGGCCUAUUCAUGAACAUUUAAAAAACAAAUAAAAAGCCUUUCUAGUCUUAAAAACUGGUCAUGCAUGAUAUAAAGAGGAAAUAAAUAUAUGAAAUAUAUGUCCUUACCACAGAUUGGUAACAACCCUAUUGAGCAGUGACAACAAUGGUGCUUGAGAGAUGGCGAGUGCUGACAACAUUUUUAGGAAGAGCGGGUCAGCAGGAACGAUAAGCUGUUACCGCUUUGUAAACAAGGGACUGAGAAUAUACUGUGGCGCAGUAGCUAUCUGGGAUCGAGUGUGGUAUUUUUGGGGGAAAAUUUAUUAUUUUUUGAUAAUGCUUAUUAACCCCUCACCAAACGAAGCUAAAUCGUAUGGGAUUAUUGUGAAAUUGCAUACUGUACUGUUGUUAUAAAGGGAUUGCAGGCUGUCAAGUGGGAGUCGGUGAGUUGUCCUCCCUCUCUACCUCCUUCCCUCCUCCUCCACCUCCUCUUCCAGGCUUCACACCAAGCAUAGUUUUGUAAAGUAUCUUAAUAUAAUCUAUAUUCUAUUUCUAUACUACUGUAAUUCAUUCAUCUUAAUCUACAGACACUCCCCGGGUUACAGAACACUUGAUUAACAGAAAUUCGAGGAUACGGAAUGCCUCCCAUAAGUCUCAUUAUAAAAAUUUUUGGGUUGUACAAGAGUGUCUGUUAUUACGUAGGGUAACUAGUAUGGCGUAACAACACUAUUUGCAGAGGAUUAUGAGUAAGGCGGCUAAGCUCAUCCCUUUGUGAGACUUAUCUUUGUGUUCUAUGUUCAAUACAGUACAGGGUACAGUACAUAUUUACCUUAUGGAAGGGUCAUUUUUGGUUUACGGAAAAUUCAGCUUACGGAUAGGGUCCAGGAACGGAACCUUUCCUUAAACUAGGGAGUGUCUGUAUAUCAUAAUAUAUUACUAUGAUAAUACAGGAAUUGACUUUUUGGAACUGCUCGGUUAUUUGAGAUUCUUUCUGAAUUCAAAUCGUUCAAUUCAUUAAAAAAAGAAAACAAAAUUAAGCCAAAAUACAAAUUAUAGCGAUCCUAGUUAACGAGGGUACAGUCUACUGUAUUGAUAAAAUAUUAUUAUUGUUUUCACAGAUUUUGAAAUUAAUUUUGGACAAAUUUAACCAAAGUUUUGAGGUAACAUGCCUCAUGCUGCUUGUUGUCAAAGGGGCCUACAAGUUGCAUCAGGCAUAAGUCACCUCAAAACUUUGGUUUAAUUUGACCAAAAUUAAUUUCAAUACCUUUGUGAAAAUAAAAAUAAUACUUUAUUAAUACAGAUUUAUAUAAACAAAGAUAUCAAGGUAAUGUGAUUUUUAUUUAUUAGACAAAACUGUUAUUAUUUAUGAGCUCACUACUUCUGGCAAAUGUUGUGACUCACUAGAAGCUGCUGGGAUUUAAACUAACCCGUGUAAAUCACAUUAGACUGUAUUAAAGGUAUUUAUUUAUUUAAAGUAUGCAUACAAUGAUGUUUUAUUUUUAGCCCUUAACCCUUACGCCCCGGGUGACGUUCCAGAACGCCCGACCGGCACGCCUUUUCCCGCCACUGUUUAAAUGCCCAGCGCAGGUUAUCAGGUUCCAGUGUGACUAUAUGCCUGUCACGCCACACGCUCGGCCACAGGGAAGCUUCCUGAAUGUGUGUGAGUAAGCUGCGUAGAUUUGUGGCAUGGUGUGGAGUCGGCUUGGAAUUGAGGUGGUCCGGCGGUGGGUUCGGUCAGGCGAAAUAAAUGUCUUUAAGGAAUUUCUUGUUGUAUUUUUGGGGCUGUAGUUCCGUUCCUUAUAUUUCCUAUUGAAAUAUAUAGUACAAUACAAUAUAAAGUGAUUCAAUAUUUACAUCAAAUAUGACCCCCCAUAGCAAAUGAGUUUGACACCCCUGCUGUAGAAUGUACUACAACAUGUUCCAGUGUUGGUCAAGUUUGGGCUUAAAGGAGCUCAUGCUCAGUGUUGUCACAGCAUUCUCUGGCAGGUUAUUACAACAUUUCACAUCUUUUACUGUCACAACAUUUUCUGGCAGGUUAUUACAACAUUUCAGAACCAGAGACGGAUAUAAGGGGGGUGACCAAGGCAAAAGCCCAGGGCCCCCACAAAACAGAUGCCCCUUUAGAAAUCAUCAUUAAACAUUUGGAAGACUUACCAUAACUUAAAUACCAUAUUUUCUGUAUUUGGAUAAUUAAUCCAUUGUAUGAGAAUGUCUUGCCAUUAAUAAAACACAAAAAUAUAAACUAAAACAUUUUUGUGACCAUGAAAAAUGCUCUCAGUGUAAUACUGCAUAUGCUAAUAAAAGAGUGAUGGUUAAACUAUCUAAUAAACUCAGUCUGCGACUUGCAUGUUGGAGGACCAUUUGUCAUUUGUGUUUUUCAUUUUUGCGAAUAAAAAAAUUUGUCAGAAUUUGAUGAUACAGUUCCACUUUUUUUGCUAAUCAUCAUCAUCAUCAGACAGAUUUAGGGGAGGGCUUUCCCAAGAAUCCAGAUUAAGCCUAGUGAACCACAGAAAAUUUGAGUGAUAUCUAUAUUUUUUAUAAAUGUAUAUUUUUAAGAUUCUGAAGAAGAAAACGACUAUCAUAAGUUGAUGAUUCUUAAUUUGUUUUGUUAUUGAUAUUGUUGACCAUAAUCCUAGAGAGUUGGGAUAAAUUCAAUGGCAUUUAUCAAAAAUAACAAAAGAUGCAUAAAGUUCAUGUACAGUACCUAUACUGUAUGUCUUUUGUAUAAUGCAUAUGGUACAGUACAGUAUACAGCAUUUCAUUAAACUUGUCAGUCAAUAAUUUGACGAUGAAAUUUUGAUGGCAAGGGCCCCCCAUAAAUUUGUUGCUGCAGGGCCCUGACAACUCUAAAUCCAACUCUAUUCACAACAUUCACUGGCAGUUUAUUACAACAGUUCACAACUCAUACAGUCACAACAGUCUCUGGCAGGCUAUUACAACAUAUUACAACUCUUACUCCAAAGAAGUUAGCUCUGACAAUUGUCUGUACUUGUGGUUUCUUUAACUUGAGACUGUGACCCUUAGUGUCAGAAGACCAUUAAAUAUGUUUUCAAUGUUUCAUUUCUUAGAAAAGCAUUAAUUAAUUUUAAUGUUUCAUUAAAUAUGUUUUUAAUGUUUUGUUGCAAAUGUAGACAAUCGAUGAGUUGAUGAAAACGAAGUGCCCUCGCUCUCAAAAGAUUACGGCAUGGGUGGAUGUGUCGUCUGUUAUUACAAGCGAGUAACUACGUAGAUGAUGCACAAUUUCUGUCACCCCGAGUUCUAUUGCUCUAUCAGUCACCUUGUGUUAACAACUGCAGUCCAGGAAGCAGUUUUUCAAACUCAAAGUGAGUUGUUAUAAUUUGUUUAAAAGUGUUGAAAUAUGGAGUAAGUUUUGAAGUAAAAAAAAAAUGGGUGUUUUAGGAAUUUUUGGUGUACAGGUACUGUAUGUUUUGGGGCUGUGGUCCCAUACCAUGUAUUUCACACCAAAAUACACAGAGCAAUUUAAUGCGAACCAAUUUUGUGCAAUAAUUCCCGGUCCUACUCUCACAUUAAAUCGGGGGUCUACUGUAUACUGCUGGUGUCCAUUCCUCGUUGAUAUUUGUAAAUAUUUAGUAAACAAUCUCUUGAUGAAACAAUUUUAUAUAUUGUUUCAAUAAACUUAUUAUAAAUUUAAGCCAAAUUAGUGCAUAAUAUUAAUGGCAUUUCUUUCUUCAGUUUGUACGAUGUGAAUUAACUAUACAGUGCAGUAUCUAGUAUCAGAUAUUGUGGUGCAGUAAUUAUCCCUUUUCUCUUCUAGUCUGAAUCUUCAUAGUACUUCUUAUUGGAUCAAUAACAGAUUUUUCAUAAGUAGUUUAACCUUAAUUUUUAGUAUAGAAAAUAGUGCUUAGCUACUAAAUUUAAGCCGUUUUAAGAAAGUUGGAGGGCAUGCUUGCCAGGUUACAUGUGUAUGUUUCUGGAAAAGUAAAUUAUCUUAACAGAGAAAUUGUUACAUUAUAAUCUGUAAAAGUUUGCUAGUGAUAUUUUCUUCAGGAAAAUAACAUUGGUGGUUAGCUGUGACAAGUAAAGCUGGCAACUCAUAUAUAUGGUGGUCAAAAAUUAAUGUGCACAAAUUUUGGCCAAAUGUUAUUUGAUCACUAAAUUGUUGAUGAAUGUCAAGUGACAAAUUUAUGUAGACAGCUUUCUAUUCAUAAGUUUUUAGCAUUGACAUUAGCAUAAUAUGUGUAUAGUAAUCUUAUUUUUACUCUGGGAAAUUAAUAGAUCCAAUAUUUAUUUCACCAGUCCCAUGUCCCAUGUCUCAAAUUUUAUCAGAAAAUCCAAAUCAUGAAAUGGAAAAUUUUCACGACUAAAAAGUGUGACUAAAAACAAUGGGUUCUGUACUAUAUGUAUGGGUGGAGAAAACAUUGUUUUUACAAGGAAUUUAUUUAGCCUCACUAAAGUAUACUAUUGAAGUUAUUGAAUGAAGACAUACAUUUGUUUGUCAAUCUUGGGACAAUUGGAUGGGCUAUCAAAAUAGUCUUGUCAACUCAAGUUCAAUUUAUUUAAUGCAAAAAAAAAAAAAUUGCAUUUCUUUGGUCAAGUGCUCA